GCCGCGGGGGCGCGCCGCCGUUCAUUGUGCUCCGCCGGUGCCGCCUCCCGCUGCCGGCCUCGGCGGGGGGGCCCCGCUCCCGCUCCGACUACCGCUUCGCUCCGGCCCCCCGCCACCGGCCCGGGUCAGCCCUGCUCCGGCACCAGCCUGGGGGGUUGCCCUGUGCCGGCAACGGCCCUGCACCCACCCCUGAAGAGCGUUGCCCUGCACUGAGCCCCGCUACACGCGUCCCGGGGAGGCCUGUCCUGGCCCGAGGGUGGCUCGGCACCUCUCCCAGGGGGCUGCGCUGCACAGCUGGGGGAGCUCCGCACCCAUCCCCGAGCGGGGCUGCCUUUGCGCCCAGCGCCGCUGCACCCAUCCCGGGGAGCUGCCCUGCGCUGGGUGGGUGGCCAGCAGCCGUUCCCGGGAAAACGGGCUGCCCUGCAUCCAUCUCUGGAGCUCAGCGCCGUGCCGGGGUGGUCCAGCACCAAUCCCGGAGUGCGCGGGGGCUGCACCGUACCCAGAGCCGCUGUCUCUGUUGUGGGGCGGCCCGGGGCUGCCAGCCUUCUCCUAAUCGCCGGUGACGGGCUCCUGGCUCCCACCUCAUUUCAUGAUCGUGAAGAGGGAGGAAGAAUCCCAAACCAGCUGCGUAAAUGAGUAUGGAAGAUUAUGAUUUCCUCUUCAAAAUUGUUUUGAUUGGCAACGCCGGGGUGGGCAAGACCUGCUUAGUCCGUCGCUUCACUCAGGGGCUUUUCCCACCAGGUCAAGGAGCCACCAUUGGGGUUGACUUUAUGAUUAAAACUGUGGAGAUAAAUGGAGAAAAAGUAAAGCUGCAGAUCUGGGACACGGCAGGACAAGAGCGAUUCCGGUCCAUCACGCAGAGCUACUAUCGCAGCGCCAACGCCUUAAUCCUCACCUACGACAUCACCUGCGAAGAGUCCUUCCGGUGCCUGCCCGAGUGGCUGCGGGAAAUCGAGCAGUAUGCCAGCAACAAGGUCAUAACCGUGCUAGUGGGUAAUAAGAUUGAUUUAGCUGAUAAGAGGGAAGUCUCCCAGCAAAGAGCUGCAGAGUUUUCUGAAGCACAGGACAUGUACUAUCUGGAAACCUCAGCAAAAGAAUCAGAUAAUGUGGAGAAACUCUUCCUGGACUUGGCCUGCCGGUUGAUCAGCGAGGCACGACAGAACACCCUUGUGAACAAUGUCUCAUCCCCCUUACCAGGAGAGGGGAAAAGUAUCAGCUACUUGACUUGCUGUAAUUUUAAUUAAAAAGCUGGCAUGUGAUUUAUUUCCCCCCACCCCCUUCUGCCAUGGGCCAAGAGGAUUCUGUUUUCUCCCGGGAUUUAUCUACCUGAAGGGAAUUCCUGCCACUCUGGCCCAUCUGAUUUACCCUGUGUCAAGUUACAGACCUGGAAGCAUGGUGGGCUGAUUGCUCCAGCUGCAUGGCAACAAAGCAGAAUAGAACAUGGUUUAAAUGUCAUUGUUCUUACAGUCUCUGGAGUGAGUUAGGAAGAGAAGAAUUGCACAAGUGCUUCGUGUAAGGCAAAACAUGAGCUCUUGUAUUUCCUUCUAUGGGAAACUACAGCAGCCUCUCAUGAAGCAAACACUGAAGAAAUCAAAAUCUCUCUUGCAGAACAAUGUGUCUGGUCGUUUCUAAAAUGAAAAUAAGAAAAACUGACCCUGGGCUCAACUGGCAAUCGUCCUGGCUGCCAACAAGCGAGCUCUUAGGACAUGUACAUAGCGUCUGCCCGCACAGCUUCAUGGAGGACUCUGGCGUUUGAAACAGUGUUAUGUCUCUCAUCUACAGGCACUUUCAUGAACAUGGAACAUAAAAAAGAGAUACAUAUGUCAACACUUUCAAGAUUUAAGACAACGUGGAUACAGCUCAGUUGCUCCCUUUGGUGCUAGCAGUUCAGCAAAUAUUCCAUAGACCAAACGUAGUCUUACUACAUUGCUGUCCUCUGAAUGUGUAACUUAGACUGGUUAGGAAAAAAAUAACACUAAUAAGCACUGUUCAUAACAAUAAAAAAAUCUUGUUACCUCUUAUUCUAAGCCUGAACGUAGUGGGAAAGGACUGUGCUGCUUUGAGAUUCAACAGAGGAUAAAAAGACUUUCCAGAAAUACAAAAGGAAAACAAACCAUUCCUCCUCUAAUUAAUAAUGUCCUAAUGUGAGAAAUUAGUCUUGGGAAAGGUUAUUGGUAGAGUUAGAAAAAACACGCUGGAUAUGACCAACCAGGAGUCAUGGGGGUGCAGAGAGCACAGCUGGAAGUGGCAGUCUGCAGUACAUCCAGCUGAAGAACAAAGUUUGGAAAUACAGUUCUUGUCAAAAGGCACAUGCACAAUUUUUUUAGAGGGUUAAGGGUUUAUUUUUGUUAAGUGCAAAUAAUGACAGGGUGCAGGUGGCAUUCUGUGUGUGACCCAUCCAGCGCUCACCUCAUGGAACUGCUCUCCAUGCACUUGAAGGUAUCUUCUUGACAUCCAGUCUCUCUGCUAGAGUAGCUUUCAGGUUCAGGACUGUAAAGUCAUUUGAUUUACUUGAUGCUAUAUAUUUUUAAUCCCUGACUCCAGUGUAUGUGGAACUGUUUAGGCAACUUCCUUCUACAGGACCCCUGAGGUGGAAGCACUGUGGAGUUUGCAGUUAUUCCACCACUAGUGCCAUAUACAAAUAAUGCACUGCAAACUUAUACCUUGAUGUUCGAGUGAAAUUGGAAGACAGUCAAUGUGUACAUGAGAAAAUGAUACUUGGGAGUUUGAGUUCAGUUUAGCUAAUCUGGAUAAAUCUCUCCUGGCAGCUGAGUGGCUGUGAUAUGCUGUAAUUUUGAGUUGAUCAAUUUAAUCAUAUUUGGCUUUUCCUGAAGAUAACAGAGCUUUUGUAUUGACAUUGAAAGCUGCAAGUAAGAAGUACUUGAAAACAAUAACACUUGGAGGGGAAAACAAAGGGGGGUGGGAGGGGCAUUUAAAAAUGCUUUGUCACAUUUUCCUGGAAAGUCUUCUUUGGGCUGCAUCAUGUUGUGCCUUUGAUCUGUAAUGGGGAGCUGACUGUGUCAGAGAGAGGAGAUCAAUGUGUCAUAUGGCCAUUCAAAACAUUUUCUUGCUAUUUUUUGGGUCACUUUUUUUCUUUUAUGACUAGUGGUAAAAAUGAAGAUACAGAAGCUGUGAUAUUGAAGCUCUUUUGUCAUUCAGGUAACACUUUGGCAGAGACCUUCUGUAAGUGUGAGAUGUUGGGGGCCAUGUCAUCUGCUGUGCUGCCUUGGUCCUCUUCAGUCUCUGCUCAUGAGUAAUCAAAAGGAUAUAGAAACGUGUGGGUCUUUGCUGUGCUGGGCCGUGUGGUACAGCCUGUGCUGAAGAGCAGUGUCUGUCCUGAGCAUUCCCCAAACUGCCAAAUGCAGCCUCAUUUGAACUUGUGAAGGCCACUCAACUCUGGGACAGCUGAUUCUGUGCAGCUUUUAGGUCGUUGUUUGGAGCAAGGCUCAGGGUGUUACAUGUAAAGUAACACUCUACAGUCAAUAGUAUGUGUAUUUAAUUUGUACAAGUACUCUCCAGAUGCUGCACUUGUCAGCAUAUAAUUGAUAAUAACUAGGGCAAAGCUGUUUAGUGGAGAUAAUCAAGGAGGAUGGAGACUAUCACUAAAACACCUGUUAAUUCUUCAGCCUGUUUUCCAAAAGCAUAAAAGCUGGGCAGUUGCUUUCCAUUCCUGCUGAAAACUACCAUAACUGUAUUUUCAAAGGCUCUGGCAUCAUUUCUGGCGGUUGAACUCCAACUCAUUAUCUUGACUCAACAAGCUGAACUGGUCAACAAGCAGAAACUACUAACUUCAUUUUCUUGUGUAUUCACUUUGAGGAUUCUAGAAGGCUAAGUUUCUCUUUCCCACUACUUGCCUAACUUGUAAGUGACUAUUUUGGAGACUAGCUGCCCACUAGCAACCUCAAAGCAUUACUGCUUUUUUAUUGUUAGCAAAUCUUCUUCAUGUAAGGACUCCAUCUCCAGACAGUGAUGUACUUUUGUGGUGAAGUGCUGCAACUGGGCUGAUGUUGCAGGGAAUUAUCUGACUUCUCCAGGGACUAACCUGAACUGAUUCCUUUCAAGGUUUAUUCUGUAUAGACUUAAAAAGCUACAGGGAAAUGACAGUGAUAUGUGCAAAGUUUUAUAGGGUCAUAAGCCAAAGCUGUAGUUUGAAAUUUGCUUCUUUUUCUGCAGUUAACAAACAAACUACCUGAUGAAGUGAUAUUUUAUUGUAGCAGCUCCUUUGCAGGAGGUAUUUUUGUACACCUUUGAGUACCUCUCUAGUGCAUGCUACCCACCUCUCCUUGUAGCACUGAGGGCUUACCUUCUCUUCUACAAUCUGGUCUGCUGCUGAAGGCUUCCUAAGUAGAAGAGGAGCUUUAUCAACUGCUAGUAACAACUUAGUGCUGUGGCAUAGUGAUCAAAACUUUGAAAAACAAAAGGAGAUUAAAAAAAACCCAACUGACAAUCAGCUCUCCAACUGUGGCCAGCUAGAUGAGUGGAUUUUUGAGAGGACUGUCAGUAAAAGCCUUGUGAUGCUUGCUUAGUUGAGUGUCCAAAAGCCAUACAGAAUUGAUAUAAUGGGGCCAAACCUGACUGGAAAUGUUGUCUACUCUCCAGAGAGUAAAACAUUGCUUUUAGUGUGGUUACUAGAUUUGUAUGUGUUUUCAGGAUGAUAUAUUCACAGACAUAGAGUAAUCUUAUUUCUAGGUGAAUGUUUUGCAGUAGUCCCAUGAUAAAACAUUUUCUUGAGAUUUUUUUUUAGCACAAUGAGUAGCUCCAGGUAGAAAGCAGUAUUGGCUGGUAAACAGAUGUUUGCUUGCUCUAGCAAACCUGUUUGCAGAGAGUAGUAACAGCAUCUCCUGAAAAACUGGGUAGUCUAAAUUCUGUCUUCCAGUUCAGACACUGAAUCAAUCUGGCUGACCUGGGGUAAACCAUCGAGUGUCCUCUGCUCCAGAUUAUGUGAAAUGCUCACUGGUAAACUAGUUUAUACUGCAAGUUGACUGGGACAAGACAUGACUCCCUUCUGUUCCUAUUUGUGUUCCCCAUGAGAGAUCCAAGUGUUAGGGGAAAAAGAAAAAUCCCUUCAGUUCAAAGAGUUAUGAUGGAAAAAGUGAAAUGAUGCAGUCUGCUAAGAAGGGGUGAGUGAGAGCCUUCUCCCUCUAGCACUGAAGUCCUGAUUUAUCUACAGGUAAGUUGUUUGAGCAGGCAGUCAGAUGGGUGUUUGUGGUCAUUAUUUGACGAAAACCACACAUGACAAAUUGUCUUUGCUACGGAACACAUGAAACCUUCUAAAAUCUGUCAGGCUGCUGGUGCUGUUUGUCUCUGGAAAUAGCUGUAUCGGUAAGGGUUGGCUCCUGCUAGUCUAGGUUUAGUGGUUAAUGGCUAUUGGAUUCCUUCAGCAUCAGUAAUAGCAGCAGCAGACUGAGGUUGAUACAGGAGACAGUGAUUUGAAAAGGGAUGAAGUCAAAAUUAGUGAUGCAGAAGUAUGGUGGGUGCACACAUGGGACAGGCUUUCCUGAGCUUUUACUGACAAGGGAUGUGAUGAGUUACAGUCAAACCCAGCAGGUUUUGCCUUGUUCAGUAUCCCUAAGGACUGAUGUUUGUUCACCUGCUUUUUCCCGUCUUCUCUUUUUUUUCCAGUAUGAAAAACUGUCCGUAAAUCAGGCUGAGGUGUUGAGCUGCCAUGAUUUCUGUAGUCAGGGACUGAAUUCAGUUGGAAAUUAGGUGAAAUUCUCCAUCUAUUCAAAGCAGACUGAUGGGAUAGGCUGCCCUUUGGGGACCUGCGGUGCUGUGGUGUUUGCACGUGGCUGGAGACACAGAAAGCCCUCUCUUAGCUGUAAGGCAGAGCAAGUGCUACAGCCCUUUGUGCAAGGGGGAAGGUGACUGUGUGAAGCAGAACAUGCCAAGUAAAGAGAUGAUUCUUCUCAGUCAGGAUUUUCUCAGUUGUAUCAUCUUUUAAAAAUCAUCCAUGACUUAGAUUUUGGUUGCUCUGGACUUUAAGGGAUGCUUUGAAUUGGAGUGCCACUGGAAUUCCUUCUGUGUUCUUUUGCUUUCCAUAUCAAAGCAUCCAAUAUCCUUGUAUGAAUUGCUUCUACCAGCAAAGACCUUUUUGAGCUAAUUCAGUUAGAAAAAGAAGACACUUUGUGAGUUCCUACUGAGCUACUAUGGAUACUUUCCUAAACGUUGAGGUACAGAAGGGGCUCACCAGAAAACCCAGUGGAGCCAAAGGAAAUGCUUUAAUCAAUUCUAGUAGUGACAAGCCUGUGAAAGGUGUUAUAUCACAAUGUUUUCUUCAAUUAUAAAUUUUAUUUGCUUACCUGAGCAAAUUUGGCUCUUGACAGUACCUUGUUUCCUUGCAUCAAGUCUGUCCUUUUGUUGAUGUGAGUAGUAACUGUUAUAGCUACUGUUCACAAGCAGCAAAAGCUCAUCAUUUUGUUCUCAUGAUGAUGAGUGGGAGGAAAUACUAGCUUGAUUUCCUGCAAGCAGCUAGUGGGUGCAUCCUAAGCCAAGCAGCCUCAACUGGAACUAGUCACAUCUUUGAAAUGUGAUCAUCUACCUGAGCUGUAGUUCAGUGUGCCAUGGAAGUUACAGGUCUCAUGUCUGCCUCAGUUUAGGAUGACAGUAGGGUCAUGGCUGUGAUGCAAAGCACCCAAAGUAGCCCAUUGUGUUACUCUGACUUACCUCACUAGUCACCACCUCACUGAAUUGCCCCAAAGCCUCCUUUGCUGUCCUGUAUUAUAUCCAUCUGGGAGAGAUUGCUGGCUGUCAUCACCCAUGGAUGCCAUCACACUCUUUCCCUUCAUGUGAAUGAGCUGUAACUUAAACCACAAGUAAAAACUAUGCCAUGUGAGUUGAGAGUGUCUGUGUGAGGGAACCACAGAUCCAGAAAAAAAAACCCUCUCCUAUCCAAUGCUUGCUCAUCUCGAUAGAGUCAACUAGGUAACUGGGGAAGGAUAAGUCAGAGCAGAAGCUGAGAUGACAAUGAGUGUAAUUUAGGCUGUAGAUGUUGUCAGUAAAACAAUUAGACUGGUUUUGAGAGCUUAGCCAGAGUUAACAGCUCUUCUUACAUGUCUGGAUAAACAGGAGCUGGCUGUACUGUACUGAGAGAUUGUUUUCACGUCAGUAAGUAGCUAUUAGCACUUCCUGGAUGUGAUUGCAUUUGCUGAACCAGUUAUCCUUCUCCAGCAAACUCAGAAGAUAAUUUUAGCUCUGGUUAGUGCUACAACUAAAUUCAAGAAGCAGAUGCCACCUACAUUUGCACCUUUGCUUUUCCACUGCUGCUUAUCUUGGGGUAACAUUCCCAAGGACACACAUGCUUGGGAGUGCACCUGGUGGUGUCCCUGUCCAGCAUCUUCUGAUGUCUAGCCCUGGUCCACAGGCACUUGACAUGGCCAAAACCUGCAUCAGGUAUGGUUUUAGCUGUGUGUGGUUCCCUGAGGAAGAGGGAAUGUUAAAAGCACUCUCAUGGGCAAUGAUCAAGGGCUCUGUUGUGUUGGUGUCAUGUGAAUGCAAACCUUGGAACUUUUCAAAGCCCAGUUCCUGUAGUACUUUUCAUCCAUGAAUCUGCUGCUUCCCAAUACUGCUCAUGCCUCAAGCACUGGAGGUCUCAUACUGGAAACAAUCCUGGUUGCAUGAGCCAUUGGAUCCAGCUCCUGCUUUAGCUGGAAGGAAAAGCAUCCAUGGCUGAUCUUCUGUGCCACCUCGAGUUUCUCACUAUGAAUAUAAACCCAAUUAAUUUGAUAAGCCCAUUCCCCUGUAAGGAAUGUUUUCCUUUUCAUGGGAUCAAGACAAGAGAUUCAGAUGUUAAGAAUUGAUGGGGGAUUGGUGCAAGUGAGUUCAUCUGCAGUGAGCAAGUGGAUGCUGCUCUCCAUCCAGAGAGACUGGGGAUGUGGGUGGUAUUGCAUCUCCAAAGGUCUGAGUUGUAUCGCUGGCAUGAGCUUUACUAACUCUAUGCAGUGCUCCUAGCAGUGAAGCCUUUUUGGAGAGGGGAAUCUUGUUCUGAUGUUGUAAUGGAGCAAGAAUAAAAUGUGUGGCCUGUGGUGGGGAGAGCUGCCAUGGUUCCAGGUACUGCAGAUGGUUUGGGAGAAAACCUUACUGCUGAUCCCCAGGUACAGGCAGCACUGAAGGGGAAAAGCUCACUUCUUAAGCUGAUGGUUUGGGCAAAAACCAGUCAUCUAAUGAGAGUACGGAGGAAGCCCAGUGCUUGUUGAUAGUCUGGUUUGGAGCCACAAGUGUAUCUCUGGAUAUUAGACAAGCAGUUUAAAAUGUGCCAUGGGUUUUAGCCUAAUUAGAUGCAUUGCAGAUAUGUCACAUCCAUUUUAUUCUCCACAGCUGUUUAAAAAAGGGGAAAAAAAAAAAACCCCAAACCAAACAACAAAACCCCCAAACCCCUGAGAUUGGAGCAGCUGCAGUCACUCAGCUGUCAAAAUGGGACAAGGCUUUUUCUGCUCCUCUUUUAUUUCCACUUCACACUGUUCUGCUGCACAUAUUUGGCUGUUCUGUGAAUUUGCAGAUGAUGAGAUUUUUUUUUCCCCCAACUGCUUUUGAUCUAUACAGAAAGACUCACGCAGUUCUCAUUUGAAUUCAUUAAUACUUUCGAGUAGGCAUUUUAGUUUCAUGUUCCCUGGCUUGUUUCCCUCUGUGAUGUUAUCUAACUGACAAGUUCAUCGUGCUCUGCAUUACCUUUAGGUUUUUGAGUCUCAAACAUUUCCUCUUUGCUGAAAGCUGUGAUCAUUUUUAGAGCUGUUACAAAGGCACCAUUUCCUCAGGAGAAAACCUGAGUUCCUCUCAGCUUUGAUUACUAGCAAAUCAAUAUUGAAGCACGUAGGUUUUUUGUACAGCAUGAACAAAGUAUGUUUUAUACCAUCAACUGUAGUUUGAAUUGCAGUUUAAAAACCUGCUGGAGCACUAAAAGCAGCAUUUUGUUGACAGCUUCUAUGCCAGGGAAGUCACAGCAUUAAAGGGAAUUUCCUGGGUUGGAGUUUUUCCCACAAAGGUCUGCUGUCUUUUCCCCAACAAUUGUGAAUUUAGCACAAUGUACAGAAUUAUAGCAAGAACCUUGAUUCCUAAACAUGUGGCCAAAAGGAUGAGGAGGGGGUGUGUUUCCUGUUGAUCAAGCACAACCAUUUCUGUGGUCAGACCAUUGAUCUGGAGUUGCUGGGCUAGUGCUGGCUUUGGGAAGGGUGUAGGUGUUAGCAAAUGGCCAAACUGUGAAUCAUUGACUGUCAGAAGCAUUUGGCUUGUCUGGUUUUUUUAAGUUCUUGUGGACCAGUGUGGUACAGUGGGGUUGGGAAAGGAACGUGUUUUGGAUGACCAGGAUGAUGAAUGUAUGACGCUUCAUGUUUAUUUGUA